AUGAGCUGGCGCGGACACUUGGACACUAUUAACCAGGCUGCUGUUUUUGAAGGAAUAGCAUGCCCGCGUGACCCUCAAGAGAUUGUAUACAACAUACCAUCAACAGUUGUCAUUACUCCACUUGUUCAAUGGUACUUCACUGGUGUAGGAGGCGCACAGAUUGCGAUUGCGAACGAAUACCACAAGUACAAGCAUUUCGCACGAGACAGCGAAAGCACUCCGCCUCCCGGAUGGAACCGAGCUGAAUCUUCAUCUAGCAGCUCUGAUUCGCAGAGAGAGAAUUUUUACAUUAUACCAGCUGCCCCUAGUUUCGCAUUUCGUUUCCCAAUCCCACUCGUGGAUUCGUCGUGCUCAGAGAUAAUGAUACCGAUGCCUAUUUCGAAUCGAAUCACAUGUCAGGCUGAGCACGCCUACUUCUACUUACGUCAGAUCAAGCCCAUAGGUCAUCUUGAGCCCAUACUUCUGCACAUCCUUGACACCAUGAGGGAAUCUUCAGGUGUCAUCCGCCUGCCUGGGGACUGGCAUGAAUCACAGCUUGAGACCGAGAUGGGAGUCGAACUGAUCGCAAUUUCGACCGAGAGUAGAGCGAAAUAUGAACUCUAUCACGAUGACUAUUUUCCUCGGGAACAUCGUAAACCUAACGGCAUAUGGGACCUCUACAACGUCCUUUGGAUUGAAUGGACAGACGGUGUCGCCUACAGAAAAGCCGUUGGUCAGGUCACGAAAGCAGCAUGGGAAGCAGCUGACCGGGAGCUCAUCGAUGUCGUACUUGGUUAA